AUGGCCAUCCCAAAACAGAGCAUUUCCAGAGAAAGCGCUCUACGAGCGGUCGCCAAGUGUUCGACACUCCUACCUAAGGCCAAGAAUACUUCAACAAAAAUUGAGUCUGGUAAUUUCCAAGUCGUUCAUACUAUUCACGAGAUCAAAGGCAUUCAUUAUAUUGUGAUCUGA